UGCUCCGGUCGCAGCAAAAGCAGAACGAUGGCAGAAGUCGCUCCCGCUCCAGCCGCCGCGCCGGCCAAAGCUCCCAAGAAGAAAAGCGCCGCUCGGCCCAAGAAGGCCGGCCCCAGCGUCGGCGAGCUCAUUGUCAAGGCUGUUUCGCAGUCCAAGGAGAGGAGCGGCGUGUCUCUCGCCGCCCUCAAGAAAGCCCUGGCUGCCGGCGGCUACGACGUGGACAAGAACAACUCCCGCGUCAAGAUCGCCGUCAAGAGUCUCGUGACGAAGGGCACUCUGGUGCAGACCAAAGGCACCGGCGCGUCGGGCUCCUUCAAGCUCAACAAGAAACAAGCCGAGGCCAAAAAGAAGCCGGAGAAGAAAGCAGUGACCAAACCCAAGAAGGCGGCCGCCAAAAAGCCCGCCGCGGCCAAGAAGCCCGCGGCCGCCAAGAGAGUCGCCAAGUCUCCAAAGACAGCCAAGAAGCCGGCGGCCCCGAAGAAGGCGGCCAAGAGCCCGAAGAAAACAAAGGCCGUCAAGCCCAAAGCAGCGAAGCCCAAGGUGGCGAAAAAGGCCGCACCCAAAAAGAAGUAAACGUGCCGUUCACCUUCAUGUCCUGUUUCUCUUAUUGAAAAAACGGUUCUUUUAAGAGCCACCCACAUUUUCCUCUCAGAGUUAGAUUCUCCUUCGUGCUGCACUUAAAAACUAGUCACU